AUGGCUCUUUUAGGUCAAUGGUAAAAAUAAUGCCAGUGCUUGUGCAGUAAACAAGGGUUCAAAUCCAUUGCAGCUGAGGAAAGUAACAGUGCAGCUUUAAGUUUUCAUUGCCAGUAAUUUGCUACACUGUAAUUGUUGUGCACAUAACUAACACAUUUGAAAUAUCUCGUCCCCUUUCUAUUUACAGGCGUGAUGACUUUACCCCAAACUGCAACUCAAGGGUGUGCAGUUGGCAUUUCCCGGAUGGCAAAGCUGCUGGCCCAUCACGGUUUGCUUGGAACGAGGGGAAGACUUUCCCAGGUCACCUCAGCCAUCCACCCGAAAAGAAGAAAAAAGUGGUCCCACUCCCUACCAGUGGUGAAGAUGAAGGGACAAAUGAACUUGAACUACACAAUGCUGACAUGGCAACUGCAGAGACCCCCAGUACUUCAGAGAACCCUUCUACUACAAACAGUGUUGAGGUGCUUGAGAUAGAGGUUGAUAUGUUGAGAAGAGAGAACGAGAAAUUGAAAAAUGAAUUGGAGAAACAAAAACAAACCUUUUUCUUCAGUCAAAUAUCUUCCAAUUCUGACAAAGUACGAUAUUUCACUGGCCUACCUGAUGCUGCUACCGUCCUGUUUUUGGAAACACUUUUAUCUAAGUUUGAGCUAAAAUAUCAUUCUGAUUGGACAGUCCAGUUUAUGCCACUAGUCGAUCAGUUGCUCCUGACCUUGAUGAAGCUUAGACUUAAUUGUGGUCAUUUAGACCUUGCAACCAGAUUUAAUUGUAGCACAGCCACAGUAACCAACAUUUUUCUCACUAUUGUCAGUGCCCUGUAUGACAUUUUGUAUGUUGGUAUGCUUGAGAACAACAUCCCCUCCACAGCCAAGAACCAGACAUCACUGCCAGAGUGUUUCCGUCCAUUUCCUAAUUGUAGGAUUGUGCUCGAUUGCACAGAGGUUGCUGUCUCCAAGCCAGAGCGGCUUGACACACAGAGUCAUCUAUACAGCCAGUACAAAGGACGGACCACACACAAGACUUUAAUAGGUGUGGCUCCUAAUGGAGUGAUUACAUUUGUCAGUGACUAUUAUGGUGGGAGUGCCUCAGACAAGGCAAUAACAGCAGAUUCUGGAGUUCUCAACCAUCUAAAACCAGGUGACAUGGUGAUGGCAGACAAAGGCUUCACAAUCCGGGACAUCUUGCCGGAAGGGGUUUCGCUGAACAUCCCUUCUUUCCUUGUAAAUGGACAGUUCACACAAGAAGAAGUGAAGAAAAACAAACUUAUCUCCAGUGCUAG